AUGGAAUGCACACAGAAGUACGGACUAACUCCGGCCGACGUCCUUCAGUUGAGAGAAAAGAAAAUGCCUGAUAAUGAUAACGUAAAAUGCAUGUUUGCCUGCGCCUACAAAGCUUCCGGCAUGAUGGACGAUAAAGGUAUGCUGUCAGUCGAUGGUGUUAAGAAAAUAAGCGAGAAGUAUCUUUCCGAAUAUCCAGAGAAGAUGGAUAAUGCUUUCAAAUUUGUCGACGCCUGCCAGAGUGUAAAUGAUCAAGCAGUAAGUGAUGGUGAUAGAGGUUGUGAGAGAGCUGCCCUGAUCUUCAAGUGUAGUUUAGAACAAGCAGCUGUGUCCUUGACAGAAAUGGAAAUAAAAGUAGAAUUUACAAAGUUAGUGAUGAAGUGUAUGAAAGAUCACCCGGUUGACAUGAAGGAGUUAACAGGGUUGCAGCAAUACAUCGUGCCGAAGAACAAGGACGUCAAGUGUUUGCUCGCUUGCGCUUACAAGUUGGAGGGAAUAAUGACAGACAAAGGACUCUACGAUAAAGAACAUGCUUAUAAAAUAGCAGAGUUGUCAAAGAACGGCGAUGAGAAGAGAUUGGAAAAUGGAAAGAAAAUGGCUGAUAUAUGUGUUAAAGAGGUAAACGAAGCUGAUGUCAGUGGUGACGAUAAAGAAUGUGAAAGAGCUGCUCUACUAUUCAAAUGUACUAUAGAAAACGCACCUAAGAAAUUUACGGAUAUGGAUUGCACAGAAAAUUACAAAUUAACUCAAGAGGAAAUGGCACAGUUGCUAGAUAAGAAAAUACCCGAUAAUGAUAAAAUAAAAUGCAUGUUUGCCUGCGCCUUCAAAGCUAGCGGUUUGAUGGACGAUAAGGGUAUGCUGUCAGUAGAUGGCGCUAAGAAAGUAAUAGAUAUGGUUUUCGCCGAUGAUCCAGAAAAGACGAAUAAAGCUCUUAAUUUUAUUGAUGCCUGCAAGAGUGGUGAGACAUAUAUACAAUUUUAGUUUGCCGUAUGUUCUACACCAGUGAAUAUAUGAGAAAUCACAUAUUAGGCUCAGAUUCCUAGAUGAAUAGGCAUUUCCCUCGUAUUAUAAGGUAUCUGAGACAACGAAUGCACUAUAACAUCCAGACUCAAGAGAAUAUAGAAAAGAAAAUGAAAUGACAAUACAGAAAAGUUUCUUCCAUUACCUAUUUUAUUACCAAGUAGAGUGCCACAUACACAGAUAACUUAAAAAGAGAUAAAGUUUUAAAUUAUAUUUUGGUUUGUUUGUUUGUUUGUCUUAAGGUUUAUCUUCAGAAAUACUGAACCGAUCAAGAAAAUUCUUUCACCAGAUUCUAAGAUUACUCCCUAUUAACAAACAAACAGAGUUAGAAAUUUUAGCAAUAAUAAUAUUACUAUAUAUUAGUUAAAUUUUUGUAAUUUAAUUGAAAAUAAAAUUUUAACUGUAAAUUUUACAGUAAAUGAUCAAGAAGUAAGCGAUGGCGACAAAGGUUGUGAGAGAGCUGCUUUGAUUAUCAAGUGUAACGCAGAACAAGGAUCUCCGGUGAGAUAUUUAACUCAAGUUUACAUAAAUAUAUAUUUUUCAGUGUAG